UGCAGGGUUUUGUUUUUUUUUUUUAGCAAGAUGGCGGGGCUCCUCGUCGUCCCUCGUGGCGGUACAUCUAAAAUUAAGUAAAUUAGACGGUAGCUAGGUUCCCAGUGAGCGACAACCUCGGGACAUUUAUCGGAAAUGGAGGUAGACGAGCUUCUUCCCCCUCUUCCCUUGGAGCCACCUCGUGAUUUUGGCCACGAUGAGGAGAGGGCACCUCCACCACCUCCCCUGCAAACGUCCAGUGACGCAGAGGUAAUGGACGUUAGCUCUGGUGGUGAUGGAUACACGUACACCCCAGGGAAUGGGGAAGCCAAGCCGCCGCCGCAGCAGUCCCAGUCCCUUGGCAACGCCUCAACGCUCACUUUCUGUAGCCACUUCGCAGACGAGGCUAGUCCCGGCGCGCGUUGCCCACGAACAGCGCGACACGCUCCGCCGGUCACCAACUUCCUGCCGGAUCACAAGCUCCUCAGAGACGUGAAGAUCAGCGUGAGCUUCACGGAGAGCAACCACAGCAAAGACAGGAGGGUUCAGUACACGGGUGAUGCUCAAGAGGGAGGUCGCGACCCCGGCCCGCACCACCUGAACGGUGGCACGCAUGACUCCAGGGGUGAGGAGGAGGAGGAGGAGGAGGAAAUGAUGGGUGAGGGUAGUUCCGGUGCGGAAACUGUACCACGGCCGCCCCGGUCGGAGGAGGCCGUGGAGGCAGAGCAGGAAAACAAAGUAGAGUUUACUGUUCUGGACGAGUUUAAUUUCAACUUCCUGGAUCACGAGGACGGGGAUCACGACAGCUUUACGUCCAAAGUCAUAGUCCAGCAGGCGCACACAGACGAGGAGGCGGUGUCGUACUCCUACGAGGAGGAGUUCGACAACGACGUGGACGCCCUGCUGGAGGAGGGCAUGCCCGUGCCCAAGAAGAUGCGCACGUCCGAGGACAAGUCAGGCGGCGAGAGUGACCAUCAGUCGGACGGCGAGGGGGGGGUCCAACCCAUGAUGACCAAAAUCAAGACGGUCCUGAAGAGUCGAGGGCGCCCCCCCACUGAACCUCUUCCUGACGGGUGGAUAAUGACAUUCCAUAACUCCGGCAUUCCAGUGUACCUGCACAGAGAGAGCAGAGUGGUCACCUGGUCCAGGCCCUACUUCCUAGGAACUGGCAGCAUCAGAAAACACGACCCUCCUACGAGCAGCAUCCCGUGUCUCCACUACAAGAAAAUUAAGGAGCACGAGGAGAAGGAACUGAACGGAGAGGUAACUCCUGCCGCGGAGGAGUCCUCGGUCCAGCCCGGCGAGGAGGAGGUGAGCUCCUCGGCUCCCGCAGCCGGCGGCGUUCCCACCCCCGUCCCGACCGACGGAGCUGCGGAGGCCGAAAGCACCGCGGACGCCGGCCCGCCGAUCAAAGAGCCGCAGCCCUGGGACACGGCCCACGGAGCUCUGGGCCAGGUCAAGGCUAAGGUGGAGGUGUGCAAGGACGAGUCCGUAGACAUCAACGAGUUCCGCUCCUACCUGGAAAAGUGCUUCGACUUCGAACAGGUGACGGUGAAGAAGUUCCGCACCUGGGCCGAGCGCCGACAGUUCAACCGAGACAUGAAGAGGAAGCAGGCGGAGUCGGAGCGACCCAUCCUGCCGGCCAAUCAGAAGCUCAUCACGCUGUCGGUGCAGGACGCCCCGACUAAGAAAGAAUUCAUCAUCAACCCAAAUGGGAAGUCUGAAGUUUGUAUCCUGCAUGAAUAUAUGCAGCGUGUCCUCAAGGUUCGACCCGUUUACAACUUUUUUGAAUGUGAGAACCCAAGUGAACCCUUCGGAGCUUCGGUCAUUAUAGACGGGGUGACAUACGGCACGGGGACAGCUAGCAGUAAAAAACUGGCCAAAAACAAAGCUGCCCGAGCCACACUGGAGAUCCUCAUCCCCGACUUUGUGAAGCAGACGUCGGAGGAGAAGCCAGUAGAGGGCGACGAACUGGAGUAUUUUAACCACAUCUGUAUCGAGGACUCCAGGGUCUACGAGUUGACCAACAAGGCCGGGCUGCUGUCGCCCUAUCAGAUUCUCCACGAGUGCCUUAAAAGAAACCAUGGGAUGGGAGACACCAGCAUACAGUUUGAGGUGAUCCCCGGGAAGAACCAGAAGAGCGAGUACGUGAUGACGUGUGGGAAACACACCGUGAGAGGCUGGUGUAAAAACAAGAGGGUGGGUAAACAGCUAGCGUCCCAGAAGAUCCUGCAGAUGCUCCACCCCCACGUGAAGAACUGGGGCUCGCUGCUGCGCAUGUACGGACGGGAGAGCAACAAGAUGGUGAAGAAGGAGAACUCAGACAAGAGUGUGAUCGAGCUGCAGCAGUUCGCCAAGAAGAACAAACCCAACCUGCACAUCCUGAACAAGCUGCAGGAGGAGAUGAUAAAACUGGCAGCACAGAGGGAGGAAACAAGGAAGAAGCCGAAGAUGACGAUAAUGCAGUCGGACCAGCCGGGGGGAGAGCCUCUGUGCACGGUGGACGUUUAAGUCACUGUCUUACACCGUCACUCGUGUAAAACGCGACCCACCACUUUGUUACGCUUCAACCGAAGUGGUGGGCGGCUAGAGACGGCCGGUCAGAACCGCUGCCGUCCCUUCAUUCACGUCUCGUCAAAUUAGGAAAAUCCAUCGGAGUGGGUCAGAACUAAUGCCUAACACACCGUAGAGCAAAUACCAUCUACCUCUGCAGAUGCACCCCCUCACUGUGGCAAAGGUCACGACGGGGACCGGCGGGGGGGGGGGGGAACACAUCAACUGCUGACAACAUAAGAACGUUUAAAUGAAACGGCAUGCUUCUGUGUUAGAAUAAAAAACAACGACAACGAUUGCUUCGUUUAGUUAGUUUCUAUAAAGUUCCACAUCCCCACGGAUAGUUUUUGUUGCUUCAAGUAUUUUGACAGGCCUAAAAUUUGUGUAUUUGUCGCCUUCAUCGCUGGUCAACGCCCACCCGUUUUAUCGGUAGCUGUGAUGGAUGUUUAGUCUUUGUAAACGAUAAAAAGAACGAACACCCACUGACUUGUUUUUUUUGUUUGUUUGUUUGUUUUGUUUUUGCACGACUUUUCAAAACAAAGUGCUUCGUGAAGUGAUGACCGUUCGUUAGCUCUGGUCGUUAGCACCUGCCUUAACUAGAAGUUUCUGCACCGACGGCGACCGAUGUCAGUGCAGAAGUGACUCGUGUUUCCGUGGCGAUGACUUUUCGUCUUCGGUGCCAUUUUUUUUUUUUUCCUCCAGACUCGGCCUCCGACGCUAACACUUUAGUCGAAAAAAAAGCACAGUGCCACAGAGUAUUUUAACGUUCCAAAUAAAUAAAUAAAUAACUAUUUUGGACCCAUUUCCACUGCCAGGUACCAGGAACCGAUGGAUGUUAUGGUUGUAAACAACGGACCGACCGUUCAACCCGAUCACAGGUCAGUCCGACUCCGAUCACGUCGGCAAAUGUUCCUCCGUUUUUUCAGACAGGUGAUGACUGAUUGUGGACUGAAACAGUUCCAUAUUUCCAUUCAGUUCCUGGUACUACUACACCUGGUCUAAAAAGUCCUGCAAAGGAAACGCGCCUUGCCAUGCUUUUAUUUUCUCACAUGUUUUCGUUUUGUUUAGAUGCCAUGUUAACAAUAAAAUUAUUUGUUGUACCUGA